AUGCAAAAUUGCAUCGCAAUUUUGCAUCGCCUCUCUCCUGGAAGGCAUCCGCAGGGGCGCCUCGGGGUCAACCACCACGCCUUCGCGCCUCAGCUCGGAACGGAAGGAGGAGGCACCGUCCACCGUCCCCGCCGCCAUGGCCGCAAAGGACCCGCGCUCGAGGCUGCCGCGGAGAUCGACCGGCGGCGCGCAGAUCCGAGCCCGAGCUUGGCCAUGGCCUCCGCCGCGCGCGGAUCCGGCGCCGUGCGGGCCUUCGCCUCAGACAGACAGGAGGAGGAGGGAGGGAGGGCGCGGAGGUGGCCGGCGCGCCAUGGCCUUCGCGCGGCGGAGGGGGAGGUGGCCGCCACCUUGCCGCGCGACUGCCCCCUGGAGCUCCCCGCCCGUGUCCGCCGGCACAGGCCAGGUCGAGAACGGCGGGGCAGCGAGGCCUCUGCGUCGAGGAAGCGUGCCCUCGUCGCUCCUCUCGCUGGCUGCCGCUGGCGGCGGGAGGGGAGACGGAGGGGAUCAGGAGGCGGCCGGAUCCGCCCGCACCGGCACCCGGCGGAAUGGGGAGCAGGGGGCGGCGGGAUCCGCCCGCACCGGCCCCGCGGCGGGAUGGGGAGCAGGGAGCUCGCACGUGGAGGCGGGACCGCCGGCGCGCACAGGAGCGGCGGCUCCAGCUCACGCGUGGAGGCAGCGCGACCUCGCGCAGGGAGGCUUGGCCGCCGGCGCGAGCUCGCGCGUGGAGGCUGGGCCGUCGGUGCGCACGGAGCUGGCGGCGCGAGCUCGCGCGUGGAAGCGGGGCUGCCGGCGCGCACGGGGGCGGCGGCGCGAACUCGGGCGGGGAGGCGGCGCAACCUCGCGUUGGGAGGAGGGGCCGCCGGCGCGAGCUCGCGCGUGGAGGCCGGGCUGCCGGUGCGCACAGGGCCGGCGCGUGGAGCCGGGGACGCCGGCGUGAGGUCGUGCGUGAAGGCGGGCCCCGCGUGCGGGAUGGGGAGGAGGGGGCGGCGGCGAGCUCUAGGGGAGGGAGCAGAGGAGGUGCGGCGCAAGGGGGAAGGGAGGACCGGAGGAGAGUGA